AUGCUCCAAAAACACCCUACCCAUUUGGGCGAGGUCAAUUACAUUGAACCAUUUGAGCAGCGUAAACAGCCUACUUUAAGAGGCCAUCCUACUGCAGUUGUACAGUACAACUCUUGGAAAGGUGGGGGUCUUAUUGCUGUGGGUUAUGAAGCUCGUAAAUAUGGGGUCAAACGCUCAAUGCGAGGUCAUGAAGCAAAAGAAGUCUGCCCUGAUAUUCAGCUCGUGCAAGUUCCCGUGGCUCGUGGUAAAGCAGAUUUGAGUAUUUACCGUAAUGCUGGCUCAGAGGUCGUAUCUAUCCUCUCCUGCAAGGGUCGAUGUGAGCGUGCUUCUAUAGAUGAAGUGUAUUUGGAUCUUACUCAAGCUUCAGAAACAUUGUUAGCAGAAAAUCCUCUAGAGAGAUUGGACGGAAUUAGUGAAGAAGCUCUUAAAUCUCAUGUGUUGGGUCUUGAUUUGGAUGGUGCCAACUCUCAAGAAUGUGUGAGGGAAUGGUUCCUUAGGAGUAAUGCUAGUCAUCGUGAUAGAUUGCUGGUCUGUGGAGCCCUUAUUGUAGCAGAACUUAGACUUGAGGUUUUGAAAGAGACUGAAUUCACAUGUUCAGCUGGCAUCGCUCACAACAAGAUGCUGGCAAAAUUAGCUAGUGGUAUGAAUAAGCCUGCUCAACAAACCAUUGUUCCCUCUUCAUCAGUUAAGAAAUUGCUCGAGACUCUUCCCGUAAAGAAAAUGAAACAGCUUGGGGGUAAGCUGGGAACCUCCUUGCAAACUGAACUAUCAGUGAACACUGUUGGGGAUCUCUUGAAGUUUUCAAAGGAGAAGUUGCAAGAGCGCUAUGGCGUAAAUACUGGUACUUGGCUAUGGAACACUGCUAGGGGAAUCUGUGGGGAAGAGGUUGAGGGUCGCCUUCUUCCGAAGAGUCAUGGUUCUGGGAAGACAUUUCCUGGACCUCAAGCUCUGAAAACCAUCUCUUGUGUUCGGAAGUGGCUUUAUGACCUUUGUGAAGAACUGAACGAACGCCUUCUUAAUGAUCUUGAACAGAAUAAACGCAUUGCUCGCACUCUCACUCUGCAUGCAAAUGCUUACAAGUUGAAUGAUUCGGAGUCACUUAAGAAGUUUCCUUCGAAGUCUUGUCCCUUAAGAUAUGGGAUCACCAAGAUUCAGAAAGAUGCUUUCAGUCUAUUUCAUGCUGGAUUGCGGGAAUUUACUGGGGUAUAUCACGUUAGAACAAAGGAGGGCAAGCAGCAUGACUGGGCAAUAACUGGUCUCUCCAUCUCAGCCAGCAAAAUAGAUGUGAUUCCAUCUGGGACAUGCUCUAUUACAAAGUACUUCCAUAGCCAAAAUCAUAAUAUGUCCACCUCUAGAAAUGAAUUAGAUGACAUACGUGCCCAAGAUGCUGCAUCUUUAUCAGCCUCAGGUAAAGAGAGCUGUUCUGGAUUAUGUUCGGCUGACCCACAUAUAGAUUUUUUUGAGGAUGAAGUGAGGGAUAAGCAUGGCAUGCCUAGUUUGUAUCCAAAUGGUCAUGAAAUGGAAGUUUGUGAGGCAAGGACACCCGCAGAAGUUUCUAAUAACACGAACCAAACUUUUGAGGGAGGACUCAUAGAUGAAACUUUGUCUUCAUACACAGGUACUGUUGGCUUGGAAUCAAAACUAUUGUCGCCAAAGAUAGAUGCUUUUGGACCUAGCAUGAAAUUAGGAAAACAAAAAGGCAAGUCUGAAAGGGAAAAGGGGAAUUCAACUAUCUUGAGGUUUUUCCACGGUCAUGAGGUGCAUCUGCAUUCCAAAACUUUUCAAGAGAGUGGAGUAUCAGCCUCAGUACCUGGGACCUCCCACUCGCCGUUCGUCGGGCCUGGAAAACUGACGACGGGCUGCUCGGAAGUUGGGCCAAUCACGAGCGGAUGGUGCGCACUCGCCAGGAGUUGCAGGUCACGGUGGUGCUGCUCGACCAAGGCUCAUGAGAGGCCGAUAUCGCUCGUCGGGGAGGAAGGACAACCACGGCUGCGCGUGAAGAGAAGGGCUGCUGCUCCACGGCUGAGAUUCUCGCUAUCUGGUUGCUCGAUCUAUCAGCGGAGGAGCAGCGGGAAGAAGAUGAUGACUGCUGCAUCUGGAUGGGACGGCUGCGAAUUGAUGGAGAGGAGGGAUGAUGAUCGGCCCGGCGAUGAAUUGAGAUGGUGCAGAUGA